AUGCCGAAUUACCGACUGAGCAAAGCAGGAAUCAGAAGGGAUGUUGCUGUUGUUACAGGAUUGUCCUGCUCCCGGAUCCAGUUGUUUUCUCUGAGCCGUCAGGGGUCUCGGGAAACUCAUUUACCUCCUCGGGUACGGGUGAGGUCGUUUUCAGAGACGGCUGUCUGCUAUGCCUCUAAAGAUGGGACAACAAAAGACGGUGGAAGUGAUGGUGGGAAGAAAAGCAUCAGUGAGGGGAAGAGACUAUCUGGCUCCGGAGGAUCGGGCAAAGGGGGAAGCCAGCUACGCUGCCCUAAAUGUGGAGAUCCCUGCACACAUGUAGAGACAUUUGUAUCAUCAACACGCUUUGUCAAAUGUGAGAAAUGCCAUCACUUCUUCGUGGUUCUCUCUGAAACGGACUCUAAGAAGGGGCUAAACAAAGAGCCAGAAUCUGCUGCGGAGGCAGUGAAAAUGGCAUUUGCACAGAAACCUCCACCUCCCCCUAAGAAGAUAUAUGCUUACCUCGACAAGUACGUUGUGGGCCAGUCUUAUGCAAAAAAGGUGUUAGCCGUUGCAGUGUACAAUCACUACAAGCGGAUCUACAACAACAUCCCUGCUGGGAGUCGACAGCAGGUUGAGGUGGAAAAACAGCCGUCUCUAACACCUCGUGAGCUAGAGAUGAGAAGACGAGAGGAUGAGUACAGAUUCACAAAGCUGCUGCAGAUUGCGGGGAUCAGUCCACAUGGAAAUGCUCUGGGGGCGUCCAUGCAGCAACAGGCGAGUCAGCAGGCACCUCAGGAGAGGAGGGGCGGGGAGGUCCUGGACUCCACACACACUGAAAUUAAACUGGAGAAGAGCAACAUCAUACUUCUAGGUCCAACUGGUUCAGGAAAAACAUUGUUGGCGCAGACUCUGGCACGUUGUCUGGAUGUUCCCUUUGCAAUUUGUGAUUGCACCACACUAACUCAAGCUGGAUACGUGGGUGAAGACAUCGAGUCAGUUAUUGCCAAACUGCUGCAAGAUGCCAACUACUCAGUGGAUAAAGCACAGCAAGGUAUUGUGUUUCUGGACGAGGUUGAUAAGAUUGGCAGUGUGCCUGGAAUCCAUCAGCUGAGAGAUGUAGGAGGAGAGGGAGUCCAGCAGGGGUUGCUUAAACUCUUGGAGGGCACAAUCGUCAAUGUUCCAGAGAAAAACUCCAGGAAACUGAGAGGAGAAACGGUGCAGGUAGACACAACAAACAUCCUGUUUGUUGCAUCUGGUGCCUUCAAUGGACUCGAUAGAAUCAUUAGCAGAAGAAAGAAUGAAAAGUAUUUGGGUUUUGGAACUCCCUCCAACAUGGGGAAAGGGCGCCGUGCAGCGGCCGCUGCAGACUUGGCCAACACCAGCGGUGAGACGGACACAGUGGCAGAGAUAGAAGAGAAGGACAGGCUGCUGAAGCAUGUCGAGGCCAGGGACCUGAUUGAGUUUGGAAUGAUCCCGGAGUUUGUUGGCCGGCUGCCUGUGGUCGUUCCUCUGCACAGCCUGGAUGAAGAAACGCUGGUCAGAAUCUUGACUGAACCACGCAACGCUGUGGUGCCCCAGUACCAGGCUCUGUUCAGCAUGGACAAAUGUGAACUUCAUGUGAAUAAAGAUGCCUUGAGGGCCAUAGCCAGGAUGGCCCUGGAGAGAAAAACUGGAGCUCGUGGGCUCAGAUCUAUCAUGGAAAAGCUCCUUCUAGAGCCAAUGUUCGAGGUACCACACUCUGAUAUCAUGGCUGUUGAGCUGGACAAAGAUGUUGUCCAAGGAAAAUCACAACCCAGAUAUGUCAGAGCUCCAGCCAAGGAGUCUGCGGAGGAGGAAUAUGACUCGGGCAUCGAAGAGGAGAACUGGCCUCGGCAGGCAGACGCUGCUAACAACUGAACAUCACUCAUUUCAUCUAAAGACGGUCUCUGAAAUCAUUAGAUUACUAUGAACCUUUGGAUACCAUCUCUGGGUUUUAUGAUAGCCCCCCCGACAAACAAGCUGAGGACAUUGUAUUAGAGGUAAUGAAGCCAGGUGGCUCUCACUGAUGAGUGUUUUCAUAAUGAACAAGUAAAGAGAGUGUAACAACCUUUGGUCCUGUGCAUCAGAUGUUAAUUCUCUAGCGGUGCACUCGCAGGGUGGACCUUUAAUGAAAUAUUUCAAUCUCUGGGGAUUGUUAACAUUUUUAUCUAUAUAAAGAUAAUGCAAUUUUAUUCAUGAAAGGAUUUGUAUCUAGUUAAUUUGUUUUCUCUCUUUGUGGUGAUGGGCUGUCAUGGCAAGGGAAGCAAAUGGAAGUUAUGGGAUCAUACUGUACACUUAAAAAUGUGGUGCGCUGAGAAAGUGUAGACGAGAAGUUACCUUGGCAAGUAAUGCCUUAUACCAUAGAGGCAUAAUAUUCCAUGAGCACAUCAGUACUUUGAUGUUUUCUUCUUUACCACCAUUAUUUAAUGGUGUCCACAGUAAUAAUCGGGGCUGUAAAUGUUGAGCUACACUGCUUCAGUAGCAUUUGUAAGCAGUUUAUAUGACAUGACCUCUAAUUAGGAGAACACAUUGUGACGUGUAACGCACCAGCACACUAAACAUAGCUGGUGAAAGAAUAAUGGUGACCUUUUUAAACAGCCAGACUGGUUAUUUUCAGUGUUUUGCUUCCUCUUCUAGCCCCACUCUUUAGGGAAUGUAUAUGUUUACCUACAGACCUCGAACAGGGGGCUCUGUCUCACAAAGCAGGAUUAGUUUGUUAGCCAGGAAGUGUUUUGUUUGGAGUAACUCUCCUCAAAUGUACAUGACUGAAUCAUAUUCAUAAACCGGACAUUGAAGCUUCAUUGUCCAGAUUCAAAUCAUAAUCGGACAGAGCAUCUCUGUCUCAACUCUAAACUUGCUUUGUCAGACGUCCUCAGAACAGCACAGCUAUUUUUAUUUUCUUUGUGCGUAUCUCAGCGUUGGAAAGCCGCCUCACCUUUAGUGAUGUUAUAUCCUGUUACUAAAUGGUACCUCAAUACACACGUUAGUAGUCAAGCCUCCACCGAAAAUGCUCUCCGACUGAACUGUACUCUUUACAAUGCUGUUUGUGCUAUAAAAUGAGAUUAAACUAGAUCUGUUCUCCUUUUUGCUUUAAGUUUCCUUUUCUUUUAGUGAAGUUUAAAAACUGCUUUCUGUUUCCAGAGGCCUGUUACAGAACCUGUAAACCCCCAAGUUUGUGAUUCUUAAAUUUACUGUGAUUGUUUAAAAUCUAUAAAUAAAAUGUAUAUCUCUGUACAGAA